CGCUGUACCCUGGGAAAUGUAGGAGGAAACCGGAAGGAAGGCAUUUUUUUUUUGUUGUUUGUUGUGCUGCUGGUUUGGCAGCUUUCAUCUGUUAACUCUGGAUUGGUCUUCUAGUAUAUAUGGCAUGUAACAGGAGGAGGGUAACUGACUUCAUUUCUUCUCGGACGGACACAAAGCUGUACGAAAAUGGCCGUGGAAAACGCGAGCGUGGUCUUCAAAGUGUACUGCCUGUCGGUGAUGACGUUGGUGGCAGCUACGUACACGGUGGCGUUAAGGUACACACGGACCAUCUCAUCGGGGGACCUUUACUUCUCCACUACAGCGGUGUGCAUCGCCGAGGUCAUUAAGUUGAUACUGAGCCUCGGGAUGCUGGCAAAGGAGACAAGCAGCCUCGUACGGUUCAAGAACACCAUAGUGGAGCACAUCUUCUCCAGCCCCAAAGAGCUGCUGAAACUGAGCGUGCCCUCGUUGGUGUACGCCGUUCAGAACAACAUGGCCUUCAUUGCACUCAGUAACCUUGACGCAGCUGUUUAUCAGGUGACUUAUCAGCUGAAGAUCCCGUGCACGGCCUUGUGCACAGUCCUCAUGCUGAGCCGCUCUCUCAGCCGCCUGCAGUGGUUCUCUGUCUUCAUGCUCUGUGGUGGCGUAACGCUCGUCCAGUGGAGGCCUGCCGAGGCUACCAAAGUUCAGGUUGAGCAGAAUCCCUUUAUUGGGUUCAUGGCCAUUGCUGUAGCCGUCCUCUGCUCUGGAUUUGCAGGCGUAUACUUUGAGAAGGUGCUGAAAAGCUCAGAUACGUCCCUGUGGGUCAGAAACAUUCAGAUGUACCUCUCCGGCAUUCUGGUCACCCUGAUUGGUGUCUACAUCAACGAUGGAGAAAAGGUCCUGGAGAAAGGCUUCUUCUUUGGUUAUACGCCCUGGGUGUGCUUGGUUGUAUUUCUGGCCAGCGUUGGCGGUCUUUACACAUCCAUAGUGGUGAAGUACACAGACAACAUCAUGAAGGGGUUUUCUGCUGCGGCGGCCAUUGUUCUCUCUACGGUCGCAUCUGUCAUACUGUUUGGAUUGCAGAUCACAAUCACAUUUGCUUCUGGAGCCCUCCUGGUGUGCGUUUCCAUUUACCUGUAUGGACUUCCGAAGCAGGACACGUCCAAAGUGAGCCGGCCAAAUACAAAUACAGACGCAGAACUUCGACAGAAACUAAUCACUGUGUGAACCGCGGACUCGCAGCAAAGGACUCUCUGUCAGAAGGAUCGGGUCGGUUUUCUGUGGAGCUGCAGGACCUCAUAAGGUGACGAAAGAGCCACUAUCCACAUAAACACUAAACUGGGCUCUCAAUUGGUUUGGUUCGUGACAAAGAUAAUAAAUCUGCUCCUCCCUUCAUUGCACAUGGGAUGGAUGAUUGCUUUGAAUUAACAAUUAAAGUGAUUCAAGGGAAUGUGAAGAAAUCUCUCUUUUUGUGCUUUGAGAAAUUGGGUUAACAACAGAGGUGGAGGGGAGGUCUUUAUAGUUUCCUAAUUGUAAAGUUUGUGAAUAUUUUAAGGAAGACGGUGGCAGUCCAUGAACUCAUCUUUGGUUAAGUAGUACAUCUGUUUAAGAGGCACAUAAAUAAAACAAUAUCACGUACUAAAGGCUAUACUGUUAUUAAUUGUGCAAAGUGAAUAUGAGCGUAAAGCCUGCAGGCGGACAGCGGAGAACAGACUCAGAAGAACGGUGCGUCUUUGAUUCUUUUUAUUGACCCUUUUACGUGUCUUUUGUACCACUUGCAUUGUGUUUUGAAUGUUCUCUCAAAAUGUAUUAAAUCUUAGACACGA